AUGUCGAGUCAACCUAGGCCACGUAAACAGCGUUUCCCCCGUGCUGACCGACCGCGUAGACCUUACGGUCCAUGUGCCAGAGGUGGACCAACAGACGACGACUUUGCAUCCGAUGACGAUUCCCUGUAUUUCAAUAAGCGACCACGUCAUCUGAGUUCAUCAUCAACGAAACCCUUUCGUCCUUUAAAAUCGCCGUACGCAUCCAGAGACAAUUGUCUUUCUAAUUGUCGAACAGAUAAACGUGCAAGGGACGAGCACAACGAGCAAGAACGAAGUCGUCGACGCGAGUUGGCUGUGAUCUACGAGUUGAUCCGUUGCAGUUUUUCAGAAGAUGAUCUUCGCUAUUUGGAGCCUUACAGUGGACCUAAAUCUAUCGAUAAAUUAUCUUAUCCGCAAGUUCUUCAAGUUGCCUAUCAUCUGUUACGGGAAGAAGAGCAUAACCUGAUGCUUUUUGAGCGAACUCUGGACGAAAUCAAACGAAUUGAGAAAGAGUUAGUCCAUGUUGGUCUGUCCGUGCCACAGCGCCCGUUCUAUCCUUCUAUAUCGGACGGUUAUCGUAAGGUGGUCCAGGUGGUGGACAGUCUGCUCAAACAUGACAAGAAUGCCCGGACUCCGGACGGUGUUUAUGAGGUGACACCAGCAGAACGCGCUGCUCUGGGCAAUCUACAGUUGGCCUCUCUCCGACCUCGUGCUGGUUGCACGUAUACGGAGAGCGUGACAUCUGUUGUACCUACCACCACUGCGCGAUCGAACUACGCGGAAAUGCAGUUUUCCGGUCGGCGUGCGCGCGACGAUCAAACCACGUCACGUGCCCGACCCAGCGAAGUGUCUCAUCUAAAUCCUACGGAGGGUUCAUUGAUUUGGCAGAAAGUUGAGCGGAAGCUACGCCGUUCCUCAUCAGCUGCCUCAAUAUCCGGUAUUGAAUCACACACCCCACAAUCCUAUUCUUCUCAGCUCUCUGAGCAAUUCUCAGGUCGGGGUCUGUUUUUCAGCGAAGAUAAUUGGGACGCGAAUGAAGAUAUUAAACCGUUGUUGAAUAGUUUGGUCCCGGACACCAGUGACACCGAAAAAGAUGAUGACAUUAAACCGUUACUUGGCAGCUUGUUACCUUCUGUAAUGGGCAUUGAACCUGCGGAUAACGAUGCUGAUGUAAUGAUUAACUUCCUUCCUCAUCUGGGCUAG